AUGUUUCUUUUUUUCCGUUCCCUUCUGUCAGGUAGCACAGGGUCUGGACCUCUGUUUAGUGUCCUGAGGCAAGAGUCAAUCCGAAAACUUCUUAAACAAGAUGAAAAUCUGUCAACUGAGCUCAAGAAUACGUAUGAUGCUUAUGUGCACCAAUGUAGUGCUCUAAACCGGAAACCAGUUGAAAGAGUGUUCUGCGCCGAAGAUAUUGAAGACAAAUAUAGUUUUUACAAGAAGAAACCAAAAUACGCCAAGAAGAAACAGAUUGUGAACAUAAUGUACGAACUGUGUCAGAAGCAUGAGGACAGUGCCACCAUCUGCGUCUACAACAACCCUUUCCCUGACCUGAACAACAGAUAUGGCACAGGAGAAUCAGCUGUCGCUCGCUACAUACCAGGCUACAACCCAAACUCAGGCACACCGGUUUGAAAAGUUA